AUGCUUUGCGUCAGCUACGUCCUUCUUAAUCGCUUGGUGUUGGGGCCGUUCCUCCUCGACCUCAUAUACGGUGAAAAGUACUCUUCAAUGAAGGAAGCGGACAAGCGGGCGUUUAGACUUCGACAUAUCGGGAUAUUCGCCAGAACUACCUCUUUGCUCUUGGUUUCAAAGCCAGCUUUCAUGGUGGCUUUGAAAAGCAAAGAAUGGUCCGACCCUUACUCACAAGGCUCAAACAUCACUUUGGGCGAGGUUGCCUUCUUUUCUAUCAUGAUUACGGCUGGAUUCCAUCUAUUUGAACUCAUCUUCGACCAGUCGUUGAAGCCUCUGCUCAUUAUCCACCAUCUUGGGUCAAUCAUGGUCAUCCAUGGCUUUUUACCGGCCCUCAUGAGCUUACCAAAAGCGCAAAAUAUGGAAUUAAAUCGAGCUAUUAGUAUGGCGAAUGUUACUCUAUAUUGGGCGCUCCUGGAUGCACCUCUGGUCAUACUGUCCUAUGUCGUUGCUGUUCUCCGAUCUACUCUUGUUCAAGGGCGCACAAAGAUCCGCAAACUCUUCUACAUCAGUCUCCGCAUCGCAGUGUUUCUUACCACUCUCGAGAUUUUGGUCAUUGUUUACUUGGGUUCACAAAAUUGGAAGGGGCUGUCAGCCUUCCAGAGAGCGACAAUUUGCUCACUCCAAGCUUUGUUCACUGGGGCUAAGGUCUGGGUCUGCCAACGCUUUUAUUCAGCAUAUAGGAGGCAAGCGGACCCGCUGGAAACCAAGGCCACGAGGGAUGCGGGUGCGCUCAAACCCGAGUGA